AUGGCUGCGAAUCAACAAAAUCCGACUGUUUCAGCAUCCAUUUCUACAGAAUCAACUAAUCAAGCUCUCGAUAUUUCGAAAGGCACUAAGUUUAUCGAUGAAACAUUUCCUUUAUUUUCAACAAUGUUUCAACAAGUUAAAAUCCCAAUUCCUGUUGUCUACCCCUUCCUUACAAUAUUCUUCGUACAGGUGCUUUUCGUCUCCGUUUGGCCUUUUUGCAGAUAUUGGGACCAAUACGAAUCACUUCCCUUAUUGAAGUAG